AAAAAAAAAAAGAAAAACUCAGAUAUUAUUUUAAAAAGAUAUUUGGUCGACACUAUUUAUUGACCAUAGAACCAUUUCAACUUCUUCCUCUUCUCUUCCCUUUCUGCUCUUAAAUCCCUAAUUCCGAAGAACCUAAGCUCGACCUAAAGGUUUUGGAGAUGGCAUCGAAACGGAUUUUGAAGGAAUUGAAGGAUCUUCAGAAGGAUCCUCCUACUUCCUGCAGCGCAGGACCCGCUGCUGAAGACAUGUUUCAUUGGCAAGCUACGAUAAUGGGUCCAUCCGACAGCCCUUACUCUGGUGGUGUGUUUCUUGUAACCAUUCAUUUCCCUCCAGAUUACCCCUUUAAACCUCCUAAGGUAGCUUUUAGGACGAAGGUGUUCCAUCCAAACAUCAACAGCAAUGGGAGCAUCUGUCUCGACAUCUUGAAGGAGCAGUGGAGUCCUGCACUCACUAUCUCCAAGGUGCUGCUAUCGAUCUGUUCGUUGUUAACUGAUCCAAACCCGGAUGAUCCCUUGGUUCCGGAGAUAGCUCACAUGUACAAGACAGACAAGAACAAGUACGAGUCCACUGCAAGGACCUGGACCCAAAAGUACGCCAUGGGCUGAAACUUUGUUAUUUUUACUGUCCGAAAGGAUGAAUAAUUAAACUCUUUCUUAUUUAUGUGUAAUGAACUCGUCUGUCUUAUAAAAAUUUGUAAAGACAGAAUCAGUAAGAAAUCAUAUGAUCUCCAUUUUCAUCACA